CUUCUUCCCAACAACUCUUCUCCAUCCCCUUCCAUCUAUUUUCUCUUCUCUUGCUUCUUUGGCUUCGUUGAUAAUUACUUGACUCUUACUCAAGUCUCGUGUUGUUUUCUUUUCAGCUCUUUCUCAUCUUGUCUUCCUCUUAGCCCUCUCUCUUCUGCACUUCUUUGUCUCUUCCAGACAAUAUGGCCAGCUUCGAUACUUCGGAGAUGGGCAAUGCCCUCGAGGACGUCACCAAUGUCCAGGACAAAAAGGCCGAAGCUGCCAAUGCUGCCCGUGAAAAGGGUUGGGGUGAGCCGGAGAGUUACGACUACUCCAAGUAUAGCAAUACUUUGCCCCCUCUUCCCAAGCCCUCGGACGAUGCUCCUCAGCCCGACCUUCCCGAGUGGGCGGCCAACGCUGCCAAAUACGAGUGGAAAGAUGAGUAUGGAGAUGUCGGCCCUGAAAAUCUCGAGCUCGAAGAGCAACUGUUUCGCAGCGAGUUCAUCAACAGGGCUGGCUUGAAACUUGGCAAUCUGCAGAACAUCGAGGUCGUCGCUGAGAGUCACGAGCGUCCUAAGCCUGUCAAAGACUUCAACGAUGCUGGCUUGCAUCCGAUCAUGCGUGAGAAUAUUCGUUUGUGUCACUACGACUACCCUACUCCCAUCCAAGCCUACUCCAUUCCCGCAGUGCUCACCGGUCAUGACCUUAUUGCCAUUGCGCAAACCGGUUCUGGAAAAACCGCUGCGUUUUUGAUUCCCGUGCUCUCGCAGCUGAUGGGCAAAGCGAAGAAGUUGGCCGCUAAACGCCCUAACUUGGUCGCUGGAUAUGACCCAACCACUGACUCCGUCCGGGCGGAGCCCUUGGUUUUGAUUGUCGCUCCUACCAGAGAACUUUCAACCCAAAUUUUCGAUGAGGCUCGUCGUCUGUGCUAUCGGUCCAUGCUGCGUCCUUGUGUGGUCUACGGUGGUGCUCCGGUGCGUGAUCAGCGAGAAGAAUUGGCGAGAGGUUGUGACAUUCUGAUCGGAACUCCGGGUCGCCUGUUGGACUUCAUGGAUAAACCUCAUAUCCUUUCUCUUCGUCGUGUGAAGUACACUAUCAUUGACGAGGCUGAUGAGCUUCUUCUGUCCGACUGGGAAUCCGAUUUUGCUAAGAUCAUGUCGGGAGGAGAUAUCAAUGAGGAUGCCGAUCACCGUUACAUGAUGUUUUCGGCCACUUUCAACAAAUCCUGCCGUGAGUUGGCACGGAAAUAUCUGGCCGAUGAUCAUGUUCGUGUUCGAAUUGGUCGCCCGGGCUCUACCCAUAUCAACGUGGAUCAGAAUAUUGUUUUUGCAGAGGACCACCUUAAGAAGCAGUGUCUUUUCGACUUGCUGCUUUCCAUGCCGCCCUCCCGUACUCUUAUCUUUGUGAACUCCAAAACUCAAGCUGAUUUCCUCGAUGACUAUCUCUUCAACAUGGGAAUGCCAAGUACUUCGAUUCAUUCGGAUCGUACUCAGCGUGAGCGUGAAGAUGCUUUGCGCGCUUUUCGGACUGCCAAGUGCCCCAUCAUGGUGGCAACCGGUGUUUCCGCGCGUGGUCUCGACAUCAAGAAUGUGAUGCAUGUCAUCAACUUCGAUCUUCCCCGUGUUAACCACGGCGGCAUCACCGAAUACAUUCAUCGCAUUGGGCGUACCGCUCGUAUUGGCAACCAGGGGCUUGCUACCUCCUUCUACAACGACCGUGACAAUGACCUUGCUCCCGACCUUGUCAAGAUUCUGAUUGAGAGCAAGCAGAAUAUUCCUAAUUUCCUGGAGUCGUACAAGCCUUUUGAUGAGAAACUUACUUUCGAUGAUGACACCGAUGACGAGGCAGACGCGAAUGACGGUGUCAACAACGAUGGGGAGACCAAUGAUACUGGAGCUGCCUGGGGUGGGAUUCCAAUGGAAACCUCCGACGAUGCCGCUCCUGCCGCUGAUGCUGGCUGGGAGUGAAUACUUUAUCUCAGGCCGGGACCUUGGGCUGCCUAGCUUCUGGGAAUCGCCUCAUUGCUCGUUCAGGGCGUUCGAGGAGACUGCCAGCCAGGCAACCCUCCAACCCGGUACUUACGAGAUGUCUGCUCCACCAGGUCCCACCUUUCCCUUCCCUUAGUCCAUCAGAGCAGGUUCUCUGAUUCCAUGCCUUGCGUUGAUUUCGAGUGUGGUCCUACGCUGGACACGGGCCGGUUGACUUUCCUACGACUGAGUAUCUGACCGCUACUGGAGAGCUGGGAGGAAUUUGGGCUGGAAGGACGACUAGCUGUGACUUUGUACGGACACAUUUAAGAAGUCAAUCAACGAGUCUUCCAUUAU